AUGAGUUCAGCAUCGCCAUCCAGCCGGCACUCGGCAGCUAUCCACAGACCGACAAGCACCGUUGUGGGGUCGAAGAACAUGCGUGCUUGCCAUUUCACCUUGUCUAAGUUUUUAAAUUUUGGAGCUGUAACUACUGUACAACGAUCAUUAAACCUCCGGUUUUCAGUCAAGUGUUGUUCCCAAAAGGUUCACAUGGAAAGUAAUGGAGAAAUUAAAGCAAGAGGUGCUCUUAUUGUUCUAGAAGGUUUGGAUCGAAGUGGGAAGACCUCACAGUCUGCAAGGCUACUUUCAUACUUGAAUAGUCUUGGAUAUCCUGUAGAAUCAUGGCGCUUUCCAGAUAGAGAUACUGCUGUGGGGAAAAUGAUUUCUUCUUAUCUUACCAAUCAAUCUCAAUUGGAUGAUCACACAAUUCAUCUACUCUUCAGUGCAAAUCGUUGGGAGAAAAGAUCAUUAAUGGAGGCUAAGCUUAAAAGUGGGAUUUCCCUGAUUGUUGACCGGUAUUCUUAUUCAGGUGUGGCUUUCUCAUCUGCUAAAGGUCUUGAUAUCGAAUGGUGUAAGGCUCCUGAGGUGGGACUGUUGGCACCUGAUCUGGUCAUGUACCUCAACAUACCUCCAGAAAAAGCUGCUGAAAGAGGUGGUUAUGGAGGUGAGAGAUAUGAGCAGCUGGAGUUUCAGAAGAAUGUUGCCAAGUAUUAUGAGAUGCUUACUGAUCCAUCAUGGAAGAUAAUCAAUGCAUGCCUCCCUUUGGAAGAUGUUGAGAAACAGAUGAAGGAGAUUGUUUUGGAUUGUGUAGUCUCUUGCAAAAAAGGGAAACCACUUUCUCACCUCUGGUUGUCGUAGUAAUGAUUUGAUUUAUGCCAUGGGAACGUGUUGAAUAAUCAUAUUAAUCUUGUCAUGUUUUAAAUUUUAAUUGAUUCCAAAGUUAUUGGUUUCAACUUUGAAGCUAUUGUAUGUAUAUUUGUACAUGUAUAUUGAAGGAGCCCAUGCUCACACCUACUGAUAUUUACUUUUUCAAUUAAAUAAGGGUCCAUAUUUACUUUUUCGGGUCCUAUUCCAUUACCUUUCAAUUAAA